AUCAUCUACUUUAUUAUCUGGUCCACAGUCCAGAAAAGGAUUUGUACCAAACACCUGGUAAAGAAAAAAACAAGCUGAGAGAGAAAUCUCUGCCUGUACAACAACACCUGCUGCUCUCUUUUUACACCAGGGAAACCAGCUGACAAGAGAGGAGAGUGCAAGAGCGAGGAAGAGUUGAUUCAGUAGGUGAUUUUACUCUCUGUUGAGUAGACAACCACCUAUCAGCUGCUAAUUUCUAACACAACCUGCCAAGGUAGUGAAGAAGAAACAACAGUUUGAGUGAACGAGGCAGCACACCUUGAAGGAUUUGGAUUCGUUUUGAACCAAAAACAGAGGUCUGAUCCUUGGACUUUCCAUCUCUGUGAUGAUGGCUUGGCUUCGGCUGUGGACUACAGGGCUUACGGCCAUCAUGGCCUUGUCCGUCUCUCUUGGCAUCUCUGAAGACUCAGGCCUUCCUGUGGUGGAUGCCAAGAAGCAAGGACCCGCUGAGAUUGUUAGGAAGGAGAACUAUCCUGUCCUGUUCAGGCAGAAGAGAGAGUGGAUCUGGAAUUCAUACUAUGUGGAAGAGGAGAAACCUGGCACAGGCCCCGAAAGGAUAGGAAAGCUAAAGUCAAGUACGGACGCAGCGGUCAGGAGGUUUGAAAUAACAGGUGAUGGAGCAAACGACAUCUUCGUGGUGGAUGAAAAAGGAGACCUGUUUGUAACAAGAAGCCUAGACAGAGAAGAGAGGGCCCUAUACCACCUAAAAGCCAGGAUACUGGAUGGGAACGGCAGAGUGAUUGAGGACACUGGAGAAUUUGUCGUCCAGGUGACAGAUAUUAAUGACAAUGUCCCUGUUUUCUCCACGUUCAAUGGAUCCGUUAUGGAGAGGUCUCCAAUAGGAACUAGAGUAGUCGAGGUAAAGGCGACCGAUGCCGAUGACCCCACCACUCGUAAUGGCGAUUUGAGGUACUCCUUGAUCAAAGAAGGAGACCAUUCUAAGUUCACCAUCGACAGCCUCACAGGUGUGAUCAUCUGCAAUACAAAUACGCUGGAUCGGGAAACCAAGAGUCAUUAUAUGGUGGUGGUUCAGGCUCAGGACAUGGGAGGAAUAGCUACUGGCAGCACAGCCACCACCUCUGUCAAAAUCACCAUCUUAGACGCCAACGACAACUUUGCUUCUUUCACCCAAAAGAAAUUUGAUUUGGUAGUCCCAGAGGACCGCAAGUUGAAUGAGGUCAUUGGCACCCUGAAGUUGGACGACAAAGAUCAGAUCCAAAACAAAGAGCCCAUCUUCACCAUUUCUGAUGAAAAUGUUCUAAAAAUCUUUAGUCCUGGACUCAGCCGUGAAAAGGACGGCCAAAUUAUACUCAAGCAGGCUCUGGACUAUGAGACAAAGGACAGCUACACCUUUACCGUCAAGGUGGAAGAAAAUAUGCGAUAUACUGCUGACAACGCAGCCACUGCUAUCAAGACAGCUCAGGUGAACAUCAGGGUGUUGGACGUAGACGAGCCGCCACAGUUCUCCGAGCAGAGCUACAAUUUCACUGUGAGGGAAGAAUCAAUGAUGAACAACAUUGGGAGAAUCACAGCCAUAGAUCCUGACAGAGCCAAAAACGCCAUAAGGUAUUCCAUCUCAGACAAGAACUGUCCGAUUCAGAUCGACCCAAUCACAGGUCAGCUGUCCACCCUGAGGACUCUGGACAGAGAGGUGGUGGCCAAACACAUGUUUCAAGUUAAAGCGCAGGAGGAGCCAAGUGGUUUGGAGUCAUUUGUAAAAGUUAAUAUUAUAGUUGAGGACGUCAAUGACAACCCGCCUGAAUUGAUUGCGGAGGAUAUCCACUUAUGUGACAGUGACAAUACUGGGACGGUGGUUGGGAUUUUGAGAGCUGCAGACAAAGACGACCAGCCAGCUAAAUUCAGGUUCAGCCUGGCCAGUGAGAGCGCCAACUUCUCCAUCAGAGAUCAUGGCAACAACACAGCGGCUAUCGUGGUGGUGCAGGGGCCGUUCAGCAUGGAUGACCCCAGGGAUUACAGCGUGGAUGUAAGCAUCAGUGACAAUGGGAUUCCUGUCCUGACCAGCAGGACCACAGUAAAAAUCAAGGUGUGUCAGUGUGAUGGCCAGCGAAAUGAUUUGGUUUGCAAAGCUCUUGCACGGGGGAUGGGAGUCAGUGCUCAUGCCCUGAUCGCCAUUCUGCUCUGCAUACUGACCAUCCUGGUCAUCGUGAUCCUGUUUGUGAUGAGGAAACGCUACCAGAAGGAUUCUCUGGCUAAUAUGAAGAAUAGCGGGGAGAUCCACGAGCAGCUGGUCACAUAUGAUGAGGAGGGAGGAGGAGAGAUGGACACCAAUGGUUACGAUGUCUCCAUCCUCACAUCCGCUUGCAACGAUGGAUCUCUACUCCGCCACCCGGACCGCCACCCCCACCCCUCUCUCUAUGCCAUGGUCCAGAAACCCCCCCAACACACUCAACCCACCGCAUGUAAGGGUGACAUGGCUGCUAUGAUCGAGGUCAAGAAAGACGAGGCGGAUCACGACAGAGACGGCAUCCCCUAUGACACUCUGCACAUCUAUGGCUACGAGGGACCGGAGUCUUUAGCUGGCAGCCUCAGCUCUCUGAACAGUACCUCCACCGGCUCGAACUUGGAUUACGACUUCCUGAAUGACUGGGGUCCGAGAUUCAAGCCCCUGGCCGAGCUGUAUGGGGUGGAUGGGCCUGACUACUACCAUCAAUACUAACGGAGAUGGUGUUUGCUGAAAAGCCUACAUGAUGCCAACACACGUACACGUACAAACACACACACACACACACACACACACACACACACACACACACACACACACACAUACAUACAGUUCACCAGUGGUUAAAAACAGCCAUAUAAAUACACUCACACAUUGCCAAAAGCAUGCAGGAAAUAUAAACGUUUUCAAAGCAUCGACACCUGGCUUUCAUUCUGUCCAUUUUGUUUUUUGGACAAGGAGCUUCGAUCUAGUAGACAAAGUCUCCAAACACUUCUUUAGCUUCUGAAAACAGAAUGCAGGCACUCUGGUUUCCUGUGUAACGACAACUAACUUUUUUUGUUAAUGAAUGUUAUUCGUAAAUCCAUUAGUUUGUUGAGGAUCCUCCGAUGUGUUCAUGUAUAGUCAGUAAAUACGAUGUUCAACAAUCUCCAAGAAACUCCAUCACGUUGAAAAGGAGUUCUCUUUGUCACUCUCUUUCUUUCUUUUUUUGGUGAUGAUAAGGCACCCUUAUGCUUCCUCCAAGGAGAGAAUAUAUUUUAAACACCAGGACUUGAUGUCAUAGGAGGAUGUACAGUACAGACGAACUGCUUCAUAAAUGCUCAAAGAGAUUGAUUUUUGCUGUGAUGUUUGAGAUCAUAAUCCUUUUGUUUUACCUGAAAAAGAUCAUUCAGAUGAAACUCUAAGCGUGCUUCGCUACAGGCCGGAGCCAGAGUUCAUCUUGGAAAACUGAUGGGUUAAUCAGGUCCCUACUGGCCAGCAACAUUCCUCAGUUAUUAAAAUUAUUGAAGCUGUUUUGCAUUAGAUUAAUCUCUUAGCUUUUGUAUGCAGUGCCAUUUUGCAUCCCAUUUGAGUGUUACAAAGUAUGACAGGUUUAAAAUGAGUCCUGUGCAUAUACAUCUACAAGUAUAUAUGUCUCUAUAUAGGUGAAUAAACUCAUUUAAAGUUUACAUUUACCACAAUAAAAUGACAUCAUCCUGGCUAAUAUUGAAAGACAUUCAAGGUAUCAUCUGGAUAUGAGCAUAUUUCAAUAUGU